UUAUUAAGCUGCUUAUAUUCAUUCAGUCUUACUUGCACGGAAGAAGCGAAACCUACUUGUUAGUUGCAUUCCUUCAGUGUCGUAAUCUCUGUUCAGUUGUUUGUAAACUCUGGAGCACACCACUUCCUCGUUUAAAUUUUCGAGGUGUCAUCAGUGAGGCCCCAGCAAUGGCAGCACCAUUGGUAGCGGCUGUUGUGCCUACAGGUGGCUGCUGCUUUUCCUACAAUGCCUUGCUGUGAACAACAGGAGCACCGAGUGUCCCUCCACCUAUGGCCUGCCCUGGUCGGUUGCCUUCUGCACAGUUCACCGCGUGACAUGGACCAACAGGCUUCCCCAGGAAGCCUCGACUUCCGCGACGUACCUGCUCGGGAGGACCACCAUCCCAGCAGCCAGGCCCAAGAGGGCAGUGUUGAACAGCCGCACCAUUCCAGUCACCCUGUCAUCUUUCAAGUUGACCUCCACCCAUCUUCGGGCCACCAAAACAUUGGAGUAUGGGAAGCAAGGGUGCCAGCAGCCCGGCCACCAUCCUCAAGCGUUGAAGAUUGUGGGGCUGCGGGAAGUGGUGCAGCUUCGACCUUGUCUGCAGACUGGCCGUCCAAAGAAGGUGCAGGGGCAUUGCCUCUGAGUGUCUACAUGGCUUGUUUGUCUCUAGACUCCUGCCAGGUGUCCAGUCAGCGCUGCCGUCUUGAAGCCACGUGCUGCUGCGAGCCGCAUGGUGCCACUGCAAAGUCAUCACCUUCUGAUGUGGGCAGCCGCCGAGCAUCCACGUCGGGUCGAACGGACGGUUCUGCGAGAACCUCCAGGUCACGCUGCUCCCUGAAUGAGCCUUCAAAUUACACGCUUGUCCUGAAGCCCAAAGCACUGAAGCCUUGUCCCGCGGGAGGGUCCGUCCACUCUGUGCAUUCUGCCCACUCUGCAUGUUCGGUUGGUGCCUCGUUUGAAAGGCCCGAAGUUGUCAGCCGUCCUGGGAGCACACCAUCGCAGGUACUUGGCUUGAGUGAAGAGGGCCGCGAACCGUUGCCGCAGAUGCCCUAUAGCAGCCCCAACAGUCCGAUUCCAUUCUCAGCAGCAUCAGGGGAUGCAGACAUGCAUGGGAGGAAGGAGGCAAAAACCUCGUCAACGUGUAGCAACUGCCGCAGAUCACGUUCCACCACUGUUGAGUCAAAGAAACACCUCAGGAGCAAGAAGAGAAAAGAAAACUCUCGCACUGAGCGAUGUUGCUCGGAGGAAAUUGGUACGCAUGGCACUUGUGACUGCAUUGAAGACUUGUCUGGGCCCGUCGAAAAGGCCUCCUUGAGGCAAUCACUGGGCUCUUGCUUGGGUGCUAGAGGCCAGAGUGUGUCGCGGCCUGCCGAGAAGGCAUCGUCGAAGAGGCGCUUUUCAUUCACUCUGCCCAAUGCACUGCUGAAUGUUUUUCGCAAGGGAUCUAGCACCUCACCGUCUGUGCGAAACAGUUCAAGUCAGACAGACCCCUAUCCAGAGGAGGUGGUGCGGUGCAGCGAGAAGGCAACCAGUCCAUAUGCCGUGCGGGCAUUGCCUCCACUUCCAGGCAACGCUACCGUAACACUGUGUGACCAUUUUGGCGGGGCCGAUGCGGUCAGUUGCGCCUCGGAUGACUCAGACAGGAAGAGCCUCGACUAUGCAUCCAGCAUAGAGAAAGUUAAGGAUUGUGGCUGGUACUGGGGCCCCAUCAGUGGAGAGACGGCUGAACGGCUGCUCGCACAUGAACCAGAUGGUUCGUUCGUCGUGCGUGACAGCUCUGAUGAACACUACAUCUUCAGCUUGACUUUCAAACUCAACGGCUUUGUACGGCAUGUGCGCAUUGAGCAUGAUCAAGGCAACUUCAGCUUUGGCUGCCUGCAGAAAUUCCACAGCAACACCAUUGUAGACUUCAUCGAGAACGCAGUAGAGCACUCGCGCAGUGGCCGUUAUUUGUUCUUCCUUCACCGGCGUCCUGUGCUGGGUCCCAUGCGUGUCCAGCUCCUGCAUCCAGUGUCUCGUUUCAAGCAAGUCCAGUCACUCCAGCACCUCUGCCGGUUCUCCAUACUGAAGACUAUAAGGCGGGACUUUGUGGAUGCGCUUCCUCUGCCAGCACGUCUCAAGGCCUAUCUGAACACGCCGCACUACUACUCGGAAGAGCUGGCCGAAUCAGUUGCCCUCGGUGGUGGAGGCCUGGCCGUCCAAUCCCAGGAGCUGCAAAGUGGUCUGCAGGAGGGGCCUUUCAGUCCAAGUUGAUAGUACAUCUUGGAAAGGCUUUUGUUUUAUUUCAUCUUUCUCCCUCUCUUCUGGACGAGAAUGUUUUGUUUGGCUGCAGCAUCUUCAUCAAAGGUGCUAUCAACAUGAAUUGAAAUUUGAGCUAGUCAGAGUGAAGUAGGGCAGAUUUUUGCACUUCGUCACUCACCAGUGCCUGCAGCAUUGGCAUGAUUCAAUUUGAGACCCUGAGUCACAGGGCCACAGCACAUUGUACGACUGCUUAGGCACUGAUGCCUCGCCGCACUUUCAAAAUAUCAUGUACAAGGCUAUUCUGUCUUUUCGCUUUCGUGUGUGUUUCACUUUAUGCUUAUUAAUGCAUUGCCACCGGGGCAUGAGUGAAGAAGAAAGCAAUUUUUUGAGCACUGGUGUGUCUCGAUGUUGGCUGGAUGUCACUGGGAAAGGUUGUCAUUUCAAUGUUGUACCCCCAAAUGUUACCAAGGGUCCCUGCGCUGCAUGUCCAGGACACCAGAAUUGCUAAUGCGUGACUGGAUUAGUGGCAGCAUACCAUAGUGAAUGUGAAAUGUGGGCGUGUUUUGACUACUGCUUUAUGGGUGUCCUCUCAUCAGCUGUCUCUGGCUGCAUUGUUCUGCCUUGCGAAGCCAGAAAGAUUGAAGUAACUGAAAGCCUUGCUUGAAUUUAGUGGCUUUGAAAUGCAUUGAGGAUAUAGCAGGCCAGGCAAAAUUCUGGAAUUUGUUUGGAUUAAUCUGAAAUUUUAAGUUACUUCAGUGUUAUUAUCGCAAGAAAACUUGGGUUUUUGCACGAGUGUUUAGAGGAGAUCGUGGGAACUGGGCAAAGGAGUUUUUUUGUUGUUUUUUUUUCUUUGUUGGAAUGUAGAGGAUAGAGCCAGCUUUUGAAGGCCACCAAAUACAGCAUUACUGAAUAGACUGGUUGUCAGUGGAUGCUGCAGGUUAUUGUAUGUAUGUAAAAAGAAUGGUGUCAUUUCUUAAGCGUUUCCCGAAAGGGAAUUACAAGCCUUGCGUUUUUUCCCACCAAAGAAAGAAGUAAUGUGUGGCUUCAUUGUCAGAUGCACAUUUUCCGUCAUUGCUGCAUCUACGACAGUAUUAAUACCUGCACUCUGCUGCUUGCUUAGUCUUUGCAAGCAGAAGCAUAGAACCAAAGUUGCUAUAACUCUGUGUCCAUGCACAGGGACAAUGUCUUUUUGUGACUUCCACAUAAGAAUGCACUUUUGUGACAUAUGAGACCAUCAUUUGUGUGUAGUGUCACUGUGUCCAUACCUUAUUUCCUAAUAAGUAAAACCUUGCACAUAGUGCUGUAAGGUUAAUGCAGACCAUGGAAUCGCGUGCUACCCCCAUGCACAGCAAACAUAUCCAGGUGCUCAUGCUUUACCCUGUCUACUGCUCACAAACACAGUGCAUGUAACUUGUGUGAUUACUUGGACGAGACAACAGCAAGAAAAUUAUGUUUGUACUAUGUUUGCUUUCAGUGAAGCAUUAAAGGGGCACUGAAGAGAAAAUUAAGUUGAGCUGUAUUAGUAAGUUAGUCUUCUGCAAUACAAAAAAAAAGCCACUCUUACUGUUAGAAGCUUGGCAAGCCCGAAAAAACAAAAAGCAGGUGGGGACACGCUGUCUUCAAGAUUUAGCAACAGCUUGUUGCGACGUCAUAGAUUUUCAUGGUGUCUGCACGAGCCUAGUUAAUUUUUUAUCGGUAAAUUUGGACCACAUUGUGUUCUAAAAAAAGCUAUAGACUGAACUUGGCAAUAAAAAUGUUCUACUGAGCUGCAACGGCCCAUAUACGAAAAAUAUUUGGAAACCUGCGAUGUUACAGUGAUGUACCAGCGCUAGGGUUGUGGUGUGAAAUUUUCAAAAUUGAGCUUUUGACCUUCAUUUUCUCUACUAAUGUAUUCAACCUAUUGCCAUGGAAUUGACAAAAACUAUACUUUACUUUAUUAGUCUAAACUGAUUCAGUGUCUCUCUUUAGAGUCCCUAUGAGGCUGUCAGGGUCUUGGAAACGGCACAGCCUUUGAGACAGCUUUGAUGUGUGCAUUCGGAAGCACCCUUGGUCUACUUUACUUGAGAUGUGUUGACGGCAACGUAUUAAUGUGGGGCUUGCAGUACCUCUCGCAUCUUGUGCUGAUAGUGACUGGUGUUAUUGAUGGAGACUACAAACUAUGUUGCUCCACGCGAAUGCCAUCUGGAUGCAGUAGAAACGCUCAGCAUCACUGGUGUUGCAUCGUUGCAGCAAUCAUAAUGCGGCAAUUCUACAGCAUGCACAAGCUGCUAUGUGAAGCGUACCGUUAUAGACACUUGAAAUGCAUAGAAGUUAGGGCUAACUUGUGACACCUUUCUUCAUUUCAUCCUUUCAUAUUUUGUGUCAUGUCUGCAUAAUUCCACCUUGUUUACUUAAUUUGGAACCUACUUAACAUUUGGCAGCCUGGUAUGUAGUGUGAAAUGACAUUGUUGGCUUGUUACCGUAUUUACCUGGUUCUAACGCACACCGAUUUCUUGAGGGUAUGAAGUAAAACGGUAAUAUGCACCGAAAUAAUCUAACUUGCAGCCGACUUUAUAGGGAAAAAAAUGUAGCAUGCCUUUUGAGUUUCACAGUCGAGAAAAGAAAACCUACAGAAUUUACUUUCACAAAGUAAAUUGUCAUCACAAGAAUUUAUUGUCAUCAUUGUUUAGCAGCUUUUUAUCAUUGUCAAUGGACCGCAACAUGUCGUCCUCUGUGUGGUCUGUUGCAUUGGAUAUUUCGCAUUUAUUGAACAACACUGCAACCUCCAAUGCUAUGAUGGCCCAUGCCUCAACUAACAACUUAGCUUGUUCGUACUCUGAUGCACACAAGUCUCUGCAAUGACAAAAACAUUUCAUGUGAAUCUGCUGCUACUUGUUUAGCGUCUUUUGAAUUAAUUUUUGCAACGGUGCAUCGUUGCCAACCUACAUGAGAAUUUGUUCUCUUGAGAUUUUGUGAUUUUAGUGGUGAAGACACUUGCUCUGACCGUAGGCCAUUGCCAACAUUUCAGUUUUGUAUUGGAUUGUAAUGCGCAGGCCCUUAUUGGGCCAAUUUUCUUAGAUAAAAGGCCCAUGUUAGAAUUGAGUAAAUACAUUAGUACAGUUGCAAGAGGAGGCUUCAUACUUUCUCACUUGUGUUUCAUUUGUUCACAGCAUAGUACAACAAACAGUGCCCAUGAUACAUUGAACUUCUUCACAGUGCAUGUUUAAUGAGCAGGAAAUGCAUAAGGUACUGCCAGCCACACAUUCACACCUUGUUAGCAUAUCUGGGGCCUUUACAUGACAAGUAUGUACCCGUUGUUCUCACGGGAGUAAUGUAAUUUUUUGAAUGAAGGUUGCUAACUGGGAAGUGUUUCUAAUGAGAAAGAGAAUGAAAAACAUGUAAGGACCUUAGUGCACAGAUCUACAUGCCCUCGCAAGCAGAAAUUGACUCGUGUUUGAGACCUUUGGCCAGCUCUAAUCUGCGUCAGCUAGGACUUCAUUGCAUACAUGCAUUGUUGAAUAUAUAGGUGUUGCACUGUGUGUUGGGCUUCAUUUUUAGCAGGUUUCUCUUGAUGUGACUUUAAUGAAACAUAGACAUAGCUUUGUCGCCAUAGGUGGUCAUGUUUGUACAGUUUCACUUUUUAUGACACUUUUGACAGGCUGUGCUUUGCACUGUAGAGCAUGUGAUUUUAGAUUCUUUAGUGGGAGCGUACGCUUCUGAAUAGAACAAUACUGGAGCCCUUGCCUAUUUUGUUGCAUCUCAGAAAGAGCACAUAGUGUUCGCUGGACUUUCUUUUUUGUUCAGAAAUGUGUUUUUUUUUUGUUUUCUGAGAGGCAAGGCACACAUUUGUUCCUUUAUGCUGAUGUUUCACUUCAUCGUACACAACCUGAUGGAUUUGUGCUUCUGUAUUCACGUUUCAGUUUGAAUGCUUUUUCAUAGCUGUAUGCUGUUCUCUGAGGAUAUUCAGGGGCUAGUUUGCAGUGGAAUGGCAUAUUUUUUGUGAGAGCGCUUGACGAAUGGGUUGUGGUAACUGGAAGUGAUGCAAAAAGGAAUGAAGUCACAAAAAAAAAAAAAGAAAUAAGGAGUUAAGAGGAUGCACACCAACGUAAACUGUUGAUAUCAUAUCCACCUACCUAUUCACUAAAAUGAUAGUGAUAUUAGUGUACCGAGGUGUUCCAAGUGUCACUUUUGCUAAGGAAGGUCCUGUGCCUUCAACUGACAGCCAGGAACCCAAGACGCAACAUGUUGUUAGCUCCAGGAUGAGAAUUACGUGGAUCAGCAUGCUAAUUUAUGAACCGGCUGAAAUAGAUAGUGAUUUGAAAAAUUGCUUAAGAUUUCAUAGAUGAAAGACUCCUAAAGGCAGCCUGUUUGGCACCAAUUACCCAAACGUAGCAACCCUGAACACAACCUCUUCAUCAAGUGCUCCUGAGGUCGAUGUGCGUGGCAUCGAUACUGUGGCCAAUCCUUCAAAGUUCUUUACUAUAUUGUAGUGCGUGUCCCUCAGUGUAGUACUAGGUCCCCUCAUGCCUCAUUGUUUAAUGGCUGAUUCUUUGAUGGCUAUGCUUUUUUUGUAUAGGAUUCCUGUUCUCUUGGUGGUUACUCUACCAGUAUCUUGCGUCUGUUUUGUAUAACACCUUGGCACAAUGUCCUGUUGAUGACAACUUUCUGAGACCGGAGAAGAAUUGGCUCAAGCUAAACUCAGUACAGCUGUACAGGGGUUCAGUCGUGUGUCUGCGGAUCUGCUAAUGGUAGCUUCACUUUCGAUCGAAUGUUGACACUCUUCUCUGAAAUGGUUGGCGUCAGGUUCUGUACAGCUGUUAGCAUUGAAAGUUGGGGCUACUCAAGACCUUAAAAACAGGAGAAAACUGGAGAUGUGAGGGGUAGUUUUAACACUUGACAAAAAAUAUGUUUUCAUUAGAAAUUUUGGGAAAGGAAGGUGGGCAGGUGGGGGGGGGGGGGGUGAAACUUAACCUUGUUAGGAAAAAUAAUGUGUUGAAAUGGCGAUCUUACAUAAAUCCUUGCGUUUGCAUCUCCUGAAGGCUCUAUUCUAAUGUAGAAUUGGUUCUAGCAUAUGUUACUUUUAUACUGUAGACAAGGAGCAUACGGCAAGGAAGAAUGGUUAAGGAGGCACUGGUUAGGGUUGCAUAGCCUUUUUUUUUUGUUUCUCAUGUGUUAAUCUAGAAACUUGGUGUUGCCACAGUCCAUGGAAGAGCACUUCUAAAAUUUUGCUUCAAUACUUGGGGAAUGUAGGAAAAGACAGGCUAUUUGAGAUCUGUAACUAACCAGUAUUCAUGAAUAAUCUCCUUAUUAAAUAACUACUACUUGACAUUUUGAUAACUUUAGUGCACAUAUUGUAAUUGCAGAUUGCAUGCAGCCAGUACUUAAGGCAUAUUAGUAGCAACCCUGACACCAGUGCAGUUUUGUCUAUUCCCAGAAUCAGCAAUGAAGUAUGCAUUGGUGUUUCAUACAGUUUUCUCCAGCAUUGCUUAAAGAAGGCUCACUUUAAAAAUGGUAACGCAUUUCGCUACAGUAACGCUACAGUAACGCAUUUCGCUACAGUUUGUGGAUGAAUGUCCCAAAUAGAGGCACUUACUUCAGCUAACUGCGCAAGCUUUGAGUACCGACUGGCAUUAUUUCAGCCCUUACAAUAUGUGUACUAAAGUUAUGCAUAUUUAGCAAGUUAAUUAGUGAACUUUUAGUCACUAAAUAGCCGCUAGAAGAUCCUUGUGUAAUUUAUAAUGAACAUCACUCCUAUAGAUUUUAACCAACAAGGGUUACGAUUUCUCCAUUUGUAUUUCCUUAUUUUUAAUAAUUGGAAACAGUUGUUGCUGAAACAGACAGUAAAUGCGUAACAUGCUCUUGGCCAGUGGGGCCAUUAUACUAUUGCUAAAGCACUGUGAGCAUCUUGUUUGCAAUUGUGCUAGGCUUAGUCCAAGUACUCUAUGCCAAUGGCAUAGUUAGAUAUUGCAAAACACUACAGAUACAUCAGUGUAGUGAUUUGUCUUCCACUAAAGGAGGUGUACUUUCAAGGUGUUUUCAGUUUGAACACUGUAGUAAGAAGUUCAGGCUAUUUGAAAUCUCACUUGUUGAAGCGCUAACGUUGGUAGUGGCACGGGUGCCUGCAGGUCAUACUGGUAAAAUUGUGACCGUUGCUGUCGGUGAUGCACUGCAGGGUCGGCUUUGGGAUUGAAUUCCAGCUAAUAUGUCCAUGUUAUGAUAGGGGCAGGACACAAACAGUGCGAGUGCAGUCAAUUAUAGGUUCAUAGUAACGAACAUCAAAAAUAAUUUGAAGCCCUUACUUUGAUGUCCUGUAUAGCCCUCACUACGGCUUUGAGAUGUAACCUAGUUAUGCUUCAAUGCGGGCCCCCACUCCUUGCCCUUGAAGUUAAUUGUUUCAAUGCAGGCCACUAAAGGUAGUGUUUGCUUUUCAGCACCUUGUAAUUACGUGCUGUGUGUAAUUUUUAUGUGUUGACAGUCGCUGUGGGACGAUUUGUCUUGUAGAGACUUACGUCUGAUGGCCUUUCACUGGUGUUGUUAAGGGGCUGGUUUGUAACUUCGCCAAUAAUCCAGAAAGAAAAUCUUUGCUGUGAAAUUUGGAUGUACCGGUAACUUUUUGCCAGGCUCAAGGACUUUGAGUCAUAUUCUGUUAAAACUGCAUAGCUGUAAAAAAUCCAACAUGCUGUUUCUGUGAGAGCAGUCACUUCUAGUUUCUAUUCAUAUGCACCUCUCCCUUUACCCUGGCCCUGUUUCUACUUACAAGUUUUCAAUGUUGGAAACAGAUUCUGUGCACUGUUGAGUUGUGGAGGGAUGUGCAGUGUGUGUCACACAUAGCUGUGACGCCUAAAUAAGUAGUAUUGAACACUACUCAGGCUAGACACGAAGGAUUGAGAAUCGGUCUUCCUUUAACAUGCGUCUUGCCUAGUGACCACACUUGUCCGAGAAACCAGCUGAAGGGCUGAAUACUGCAUGAACAGUGCUUAGGCAUUUCCCUUCCAAGUAUGGCAGUCGUUGCAUGUGGUUCUACCUUCCUCAACUGUCGUGUCGAUGGUGUUAUCAUCCCCAUCUCCAUACUUCCUUGCCAUCCGAUGCCUUGUAGGAGGAGGAAAGCUCUUCCCGCGUCUUUGUUGGCUGUGAUUUCUUGUGUGCCCUCGCCUUAAGCCCUCGCGAAAGCAGGAGGUGACGAGGCAAGUAAAGUAGAUUGUCGUCUGUGCUGUUGUCAUCAUGUGCUCGUUUUAAUGUUCUGCAAGAGAAACAUAGUAUUCGAGAGGGUGCCCUGCUUCCUUCGUAUUUGUGCACUGUUGUGACAAGUGGCAGUAUGCUUCGGGCCUCUGCUUUGCAUCGAAUGCUUUGCAGCUAACAAUCUGGCUGUAAUCAUGGCUGGUGUGUCGGGUUAGCUUUCAGGUUCUCUAGCUUUUUUUUAAUGCUGCGCUUCUCAUUUGUUGCUCUCUGGAGUGAGUAGUUGAAAUGGAUUUUGGAUCGUUUUCGAUCACGUUAUUUCAAUAUACAGUAGAACCCCUUUGAUAAUGUUUUUUCACUGAAUUGUGAGAAUAGAACAUCAUAGCUGGAAAAUGUGCCAUGUGAUCGCUAUGUCAGCACCAUCGAUGACAUUAACACCUGGAAAACAUAAUCUAGAAGUGCAUUUGUGGGGUUUUACUGUAUAGAUUGUCUAUGCUUUGUCUAACUGUUGAGACUGUCAUUGCUGAAAAGGGAAAAACUUUUGUGGUUCGUGGUUCCUUUGUAGUUCUUUAUCGCCAGAAAGCAAAAGAGGACUGCAGACAGAAACACAGGGUACUUCCGACUUGGCAAAAUAUUUAUCUUUGCUUACAUGAAUGCAAGUGUGAUAUCACGCACCACUAAAAAUGUUUUUAGAGGCUUGUGCAUAGAGUUUCUCACUAUAGCAUUGCCUAGAGGGAAAUCUGGUGCCACCAUUUAUAGGAAUUUUCGAACGAGCGCUGUGCCAUCAUUGGAAUGACGGUAUAUGGGUGUGCAUGGCUUGUGUUGGCUGCUGUUGUAUAAGGCUUUGUCUAAAAUCUGGAUAGGGCUACACAGAUCAUGCUUUCUUAAAAUAAAAUCAUCAUAUUUAACGUUCUCAUUCACCCAUAUUACAUUUUUCAAUAAAGCUUAUUCACCCACAAUGCAUAAUCAAGCGAAGGAAAGAAAGAACAGACGACAAACUGUUCCAAAGCGAGCGCAAAUCUUGUCAACUGUCCUCCAACAUUAUCGGCCAGCUGAUACUUUUUACGUUUCAUGCAAUUGUACAUCCAAUCAAAAGGCUUGCAAAACAUAUUUUUGUGUAAUAAUAAAGCUAAAACAGCUCUUUACGUGCUGUUUUAGUAGGAAAUGAAUCAUUGUGACAGACGGAACAGUGCUAGCCAGGCGCGUUUCAAGGUGUCCUGUCUGUCCAAGAAUGAUGCCAAUCCGAAGUCACCUAUACCGGCAUUCCCAGACAUACAACAGCGCAGCAGCGCCAGAUUUCCCUCUAGGUAAUACUUAUAGGGAGAAACUCUAUGGGCUUGUGACAUUAUUCUUAUUUGUAAGACAAUCAAGGGCAAUUAUUUUAAGUUCCUUGCUGAAUAAACCAGUGGGAAGCAGCACUUGCACUCGUAUUUCAGUCCGCAGUCCUUGUUUUUUUUUCAUGGCACUAUAAAACCACAAAUGGAUGAAUACCAGCUAUCCAAAACCUUCAUGUUACGCAAAUUUUUAUUGAAGUAAGAAAAAGAAAUGAAGUGGUCAUUUUUUGGUGUCAAUAAUGUAGCAACGAAGGAGUGAAAAAAUUGUCUUGCAUGUUUUGUUAUGGGCAGGUUGCAAGAUUACCAUUGUGGUUGAGAAUAAAGAACUCGUGAGAGACCCGACUCACAAAUGCAAAGUGCCCCGAGCCGUCCCAUGAUUGCUCUUGUUAAAAGCUUAGUGCCACUUCUCCCAGACCUAUAUGCCCUCCAUGGAGACAAUCUUUACUCUUGACCAAAAUUGACUACGGAUUAAAAAAAAAGAAGAGGAAUGAAAACACAUACACCUUGCAUUUUGGAUUUUUCUAAUGCUUGCCCAUUGUGCAGUCCUUGCUGAGUGCAUCACGUAUAUAGUGGACGACCAUUGCUUGGCUUCGUGUUAGUGCUCUUAGAACCUUGACCACUUACAUGUUUUGCCCAUUAUACUCGCUGAGUACCCCCCAAAAAAGCGAAUUGAGAAUAUUUAUUGACUGUGGAAGGUACACAGGGCCCUUAGAUACUCGUGAAAAAAAAAAAAAAUGGUUUAGUGGCCCGCCAAAUUCAUUUGUGAAUAUUGUCCAUGUAGAGCGGUGAGCCCUGUAGGUUGUUUAGGGAUGCUCGUCGAAAAAUUGAGUUUCAUUCCUUUACCGAGAGUUACUUUUCUGGCCCUGCACUGUCGCUGAUGGUGUGCAUUUGUGACCUAUUCCAGACAAAAUUCAGACAAGGUGUUAUAACAAAAUGCACCGUGAGAUGCCACCUCUAUGCAAUGGUCGAGUGCAAACAACCCAGCGAUUUAGCUGCAAAGACCAUUCAUGGGUGGCUUCCUAAAUUAUUCAACAUUCGGCAGUAAGUGCCAAGACAGUACCUUGGGAAGAUAUUGUGAGUGCUUUGGCUGGACAGUGGUUGGCACAGUUUCCAUGUACACAUGUCAGGGUUUGUAUGGCUUCCUGUGCACCUUCCUGUUGAGGCUCUUUUGCGAAGCGGAGACGUUCAACGAAUGGCCCAAUGUUUAUGUCGGUCACAAGCACAUUUAAGGAAGUGCAGCCUCGCGUUACCCGGUCUGGUGUAUCUACAACUCAACAGCGUUCAUUGUGCCGUCGUGUCUGUGCAUCUAGUUUUGUGCAUGAGCAUCUGUCAGCAGGGGACGAGCUCUGUGCGAUUAAAGUUGCAUGUUGGCCCAUGGGUAGCUGUGGGCUGCUUUGUCGGAUGCUAGGUGUCUUGACUUGGAGAGAUUCAGAUACUACAUUCUUUUAAUGUGUAUUCUAUGCUGUUGAUGGUGGUUUCUGCCAACUUGCUAGGUUAGUGCAAUUGUGAGGACUGCAUUGUCUUGUUCCAACAUGUCUUUGCGUUUGCCCUGUGAGUCGCUGCAUCUCUGCCUCCCCGGUAAAGACCAAAGCUCUGUGCUUUUUCUCUUAUUGCGGUGAGCACACAUUUAAUCUUCUAGCGUACCACUGGUUUCACUGUUGUUCACCUGUUAAUCUUGCGCAUUUAAUAUCAUGCACUCUUGUAGUGGCUGUACCUUUCUUAAAAAUGCAGAAUCGGCCAUGCUGUGAAGCUUCACAUAGGCAGAGCGCUGUGUCAAUAGGAUGCGAAGGUAUUUCAUCGAAAUCCAGAUAUAUUUGUUUCCUGACCGAUGGGAACUUUUUAGGCAGUGUUGGUGUCAUUUAUUUUCCUUUUUUCUUGAAUGAAAUUGCUUCUCUUUCUGUGAUGUGAAUGUUGGAGAAGCACAGGAGUAGACGCUGUGAGCACAGUGGAAGUUGUGAUGUGUUCUCUCAUGUGCCCUGGAUCGUUGUGCGCUUGCAAUUUGCUGUUGUUGCUAGGUGUUUCGCUUUGCAAAAGAAUGAACAGUGCAGUUCUUCAGAAGGGAUUAUUUCUUAUGCUAUACCCAAGCAAUGGUAGUGUGUACCAUUUGUUAAUGGAUUUUCGUUAGCUGUUCAUGGUAAUGUGCCGUUUUGUGUGAUUUUGUGUGAUUUUGUGUGUGACAUCUUUGGAUAUGCCUUCUUGCAUAGUACUAGCAUGCCAAGUGGGCUUUUCCACAAAGCCCUAUGCAUGUAUGUAUUUAUAAUUUUUUAAAUGACUGUUGUGUUCUUGAAUUUUUCAUGACAACACCAUGCUUAUUGCACUUCAGCAUUUCUAUCAAAUGGCGCUCGCCAGCGCUGUGCCAAGGGGCUUGCUCAUUGCUUUGUGUUCAUUAAGCGCAGCAAUAACGUAGGAAUUAUGUUUCAAGACUUAGCAUUCUAGCUACAUUCUAGUUACCAUUGAAGCUGCAGCAACACAGCAGUCUUCAAUGUACCCAGCCAUAUGUAGUUAUAUGUUUUUUGUGGAGAAUGCAGUAAGACUACUGAAAGAAAAAUUUGCCUACACUUGAGAAGUAAAAGGCGAGGUUAAAAACCAUCUUAUUGUAAUAGCAUAAGGAAACAACUCAGACAAGGAUGAACACAGAGGAAUGAAACCGAAUGAGCGAGCACCUGUGCUAGGUUGUUCCUCUGUGUUUGUUUUUACCUGAUUCGUUCCUUAAUGCUAGUGCAUUAAGAUGGGAGUUCAUCAACAAGCCCAAUUUCAAGCAUUGUUAAAGGCUAAGAAGCAAAAUUCAAGAAAUGCUUGCACGCUGAAAUCUUAAUCCAUUUGCAGUGGCGUAAAGCUUGUUUGGUUUGCGUCAUACUACAGCAUUUCUCUUGCAGUUUGCUCAUUUCCAGCCAGCUUGCUGCUUUAGUAUGCGAGGCAUUGAAUAUUCUUAUUUCCAUAAAAGUAGGGGUUUCAUGAAAGCACACGUAUGCCACGUUGCAUUGACUAUACAGUGGAGGUUGUGGUUUUUGAAAUGAGCACCCCUGCUCGCACUUUGGAAAUGUUUCGGGCAGUGUGUGCGAAUAUUCAGUGUAUUACAAUUCCUUGCAAGCUCAAUGUUGAUGAGGAGGUGUGAAGAAAAGCGGUGCCUUUGACAACAUUGCCGUGAAGGUGGUUUUUGGUGCAUCGCUUUCGAUUCAUGGGAUGCUCACAAAAGUGGUCUGUUGAUGUUGAUGUGCGUGGGGCAGUAACUGGGUAGAAAAAGCCGCUGAAAGCUGCUGCUAAUUGACAGGGCUGGAUUCUUCUCGGAGUGCGCAGGGAUGUUCAUUAAGGGUCCCCUGGCGACAGUGCUCAGUUUUAUGAAUUCCGGUGAAUGGUGAAUUAGCUACAGCUAGGCAGUGCAUCACAGACCUUGGGAUGUGGCUUGUGCACAUCCGGUGCUGUUAUGCAAUAUGCAUGCCAUAUGAUGUGGCCAAACAUAAGGAGACAGCACUUUCGUGUAUAUGCAUGGUAUUUCAAACGUUUGAAAUAACAUGAAGUGGUGAAAAGAAAAACUGAGGGAUAGAAAAACUGUGCACACCAAAACUUGCUGGUGUGAGGUACCUAUUGCAUACUUUAGUGUGCCAGGGUGGCACCACUCCCUGGUGGUAUUGCUAAAAAUGUAAAACUGCCGGCUCCCGUUUCUGUGGCUACAGAUGCAUUUUGUUAAUGUGAGCCACCAAACAAAUUGCUGCUAUCAUAAAGGCUGCUUUCAGUGGCUUAUCAAGAAAGUGUUGGUGCUUAAGACAUGGUAUGAGCAUACAAAGGUUUGAAGCUGGCACCUUCAGCAGGUUUCGUUAUAAAAUGUGAACUUGAUGUGGAGUCCAGCCGCUUGCAUGAUUGGUCGGCAGCACACUUGUGCACAAGCAGUUUGUGGUGGCGAAGAUCCUGACCUCCGGAAUCAUCUGUGUACGGAAAAUGCGCGUGAAUGUAUAUAAAUGGACAUGGUGGAUGGUACGCAGUCUCUUGAUGGCAUCCACGUUGCUUUUUAAGCAAACGACAACAUAUAAAUAGUUGUGUUUUCCCUGUAUGCCGCUCCGCAAGAGUCUUUCCGUGUCUUGUGCUGUGAAGAGAUUUUGCAAUCAUUUAUAUAUAGACGCGACAGAUUUGUAGGCUUCUAUGGAAUAAAGUCAACGUGUAUACAUUA